AUGCUUCUUCUCUUCUUAGCUGGUAUGCAGUGCCUUUUUCUCAUACUGGUCGCGCUUCACGUCGCGACAGCUUGGAUCAAUCAUGUUAAUUACAUCGUUUGUACACCUCAAACUGCAUACAAUCCUGGCGUCUGUGAUUGCACGGCUACUCUCUGGCAAAAAUGUUUCAUAAAAUUGACAAUUACAAAAAAUAAGCGAGACGAUCCAGCAAAGAUUGAUGAAUCGCAAAUUUUCAGUGUGAACGGAGGAAGAAUUGGUCCAACUAUUAUCAUAAAGUACGGUCAACUGGUAGUCGCUGAUGUUUACAAUGAAAUCGAUGACAAGGAGAACCCGACAAACGCCAAUAUCUCGAUUCAUUGGCAUGGCAUACAUCAGUUUAAUAACGCAUGGAUGGAUGGGGUUGGUAUGAUCACACAGUGGCCCACUAAGCCUCGUGAUGCAAUCAG